AUGGGGUCGGUUCCGGGCGCAGACGCACCCACCGUCAAGGUCUUCAUCGCCGGCGGCUCCUACUGCGGACUUUCGGCCGCCGUCAACCUCCUGGACCUCGGCCAAGGCCUGUCGCCGCGCAUGGCCCAGAAUCCCUACAACCACCAUCCCGAAUUGCCCCGGGUGAACUGGGACAUCACCAUUGCCGACGAGAGAGACGGCUUCUACCACUUGAUCGGUUCCCCGCUGGCUCUCGCCGACUCUGACUAUGCCAAGAAGGCCUGGGUCAAGUUCCAAGAUUUGCCCGGCCUGCAGAGCCUCCAAGUCAAGUUCGUACACGGGACCGUCUCUGGCGUCGACUGCCAGGCCAAAAAGGCCUUAACCGUGGACAAGGCGACCAAGGAGACCACCACCCAUGCCUACGACUACUUCCUGGCUGCCACGGGUCUGAGAAGAGCAUGGCCCGUGGUGCCACAGUCUCUAACCCGCAAACAGUAUCUUGUCGAGGUGGACGAGCACGUCCACGCCGUCACAAAUGCCCGGCAUGGCGUUGUCGUGGUUGGCGGUGGGGCUGUGGGCAUCGAGAUGGCCGCCGAGUUGAAGCUCACUCAGCCCAGCGCUCAAGUCACGUUGGUCCACUCGCGCGAGAAGCUGUUGUCCUCGGAGGGCCUGUCGGAUGAAUGCAAGGACAAGGCCCUCGAGCUUCUGAAGGAGGCCGGCGUCGAUGUAAUCAUGAACCAGCGCGUGGUCAGUUCUGACAAGGUCGAAACGCUAGACGGCUCUUCCAAAUAUGAGGUCAAGGUCACGGACGGGCGGAGGAUAUUUGCCAGCCAGGUCAUCAUGGCCCUGUCCAACAGCGUCGCCACCUCGUCCUAUCUGCCUUCCUCGGCCCUCGACCAAGAUGGAUACGUCAAGAUUGAAGCCAAUCUUCGCUUCGUUCCGGGGACUCCCAAUCACGAAUAUCACUUUUGCUCGGGCGAUUUGGCCAGGUGGAGCGGCAUCAAGCGCUGCGGGGUGGCCAUGCACGGCGGUCAUUACGUGGCGCAAAACAUCCACAAGAGCAUCCUGAAGGAGCGCUUCGGCCAGGAGCCGUCCUUUGUCGAGUUCCAGCCGGUGGUGCAACCCAUGAUUGGGCUGGCGGUCGGCAGGAAGGCCAUUGCUUCGGGCCCCGAUGGCACCACGUUUGGCGAGGACGUGCUGGAAUCCUGCUUCCGGGAUGAUCUCGGUUUUACUAUCUGCUGGGACUGGAUGGGGCUGGGCGGCCGAAAGCAGGAGAACCUGACGGCGUGA